CGCUCGGUUCCUCCACGUCGUGCGUCACCUCGAUCACACGCCUGGCAGUCACACACUACUGCACACGAUACCACCACGCCCCGUCCCGAGACCGACAGCAUUCAGCACCGGGCGGCGUUCCUUCAUUGUUGAUAUAUAUAUACGAGCAGCCUAGCAUCUCUCAGAGACGGCACACACUCAGCACACUGGAUCCAAUCGCACGUUUGAAAGCGCAGCAGACGAGGGAAACAUAGGGCGUGCGCGAGAGACAGAGAGGAGCGCGCGAGAGAGAAACCGAGGGCUUGACCGAUGGGCAACAGCCAGUCGUCGGACGCAGGCGCCAACGUCGGCGAUCCCAGUGGCGCUGCUGGGGCUGGCGGCGGCGGCGGCCUGAAGCGGUUCCACACCGGAGCGUCGCAGGACGCAGCGGGACGAUCGCCGUCGCCGUCGCUCCGCCGGGCCAGCACGGCGGGGGCAAAUGAGCAGCCCCGGUACGGCGGGCGCUCCUCUUCGGGCACCUCGUCACCGCGCGUGACGGAGCGAGAGAGGACAUGGUCUCGCUCGGCCGGUAACACACUGAGGAAGGGCGCAACGGGAUCGGAGUCGCCUUCGCCAUUGGGACCGACAGCGUCGAGGUCGAGGUCGAGAUCCGAGAGCAUCUCUGCGCUGCUAGGAGGCGCAAAGGAGGGCAAGCGAAGGGAAGCGAGCAGCAAGGUGACAAGGAAGAGGCAGGGAGAAUUGCCAUUUCAAAGGAAGCGGAGCAUUGAUAUUGGCGACGUCGUCGAUCAGGACGCAAUGACGCCCAUGUCUGGACCCUCGACGCCCAGUGGGACGCUGCCACAAAGGAGGGCAACGGCGCCGAUGAUCACACCUUCGACGUUCGAGCAGGAUUCCGGCAACUGGUCACCGAUGCCCGGGAUGCCAUCUGUAUCUACCGGUGCGACAGGGUUGACGCAGACCCAACAGGGCGGAGACGGCACAGGCAAAGAUCCGCUGGGGAGGAUGCAGCCGGCUGCACUGCCGUCAUACCUCAAGAUUCCCACCUUGAUCCCCAGCGCCUAUGCCUCGCCCAACUCUUCUGCUCCUUCCUCGCCAAGCGCACAUGACGAUGGGGUCAGGUGGUCCGACGAGGCCGUGGGAAGCGGUGGUCCAAGCGCUGCUCUCAACGCAUCAAAGCGGAGCGGCGCAGCAGGUGGUACGGCGGCGGCGGCCAUUCUCAACACCGAAGACGUUGUCAUCUUGCCUGGGACGGCCAGCAAGGUCAGCUCUCCCAACGAGGUUGUGGCCGAGGAGAGCGGGGAGCCAAAGACGCCUACGUCAUCUACGGCCAACAUUGCUCCUUCCUCCCCUGAAGCCUUGGCGAAGGCCGAUGGGCAAGGGGAAGAAAGGGAGGAGGGUGAGGCAGAGGCAAACGAGGAGAGCAGCGGCAGCGCGGUCGCGCCCAAUUCGAGGACAUCGACUCCGACGCCCGGCGAUUUCGGCGGCGCGAGGGCCAUGACUCCCACCGGCCGACGACCUGAUGGGCUGACAACGCUGACGUCCGUCUCAACACCCUCAGGAACGGACGGCCAAACGGAAGGCACGGCGAGAAAGACGGGCGCCAAGCUGUUUAUGGGCAGCGAGAGCGGGUCAAACACGCCGGCAUUCCCACCGCCCAAGGCCCCGUCGAGUGCGACGACAAAGCCCGCUUCAAUCCCCUCAAUGUCGGCGGCGGACCAGGAGACGGGCCCUACGACGCCGACUCCCGGCAGCAGCCAGCGUCAGGACCCCAACCUGCGGAUUGCGAUGCCACCGAGCCAGUCGGUGGGCUCGAUGCGCGCCGCUGCUUCCUCUGCACACGCGCGAGGCUCGAGCCUGACACCGACAAACAGAUACCCGCACGCACCGCCCGUCAUGACGCCACGCGACCACCCGAUGCUGAUGCCCAUUGUCGUGACCUGGCGCGGCGGUGGCAAAGAGGUCUUUGUGACGGGCACCUUUGCCAACGAGUGGCGGUCCAAGAUCCUGCUCAGACGCUCGCAACACAACAAGAAGGACCACUCGUGUGUGCUGCACUUGCCGCCGGGCACGCAUCGACUCAAGUUCAUCGUCGAUGACCGGUGGAGGGUCAGCCGCGAUCUCAGCACGGCCGUUGAUGGAGAGGGUAACUUGACCAACUAUAUCGAAGUGGCCCACCUCGGCCCGGCCCAUCCUGGCCCGCUCUCUGCGCCGGGAGAAGACUUGAUCGAGGACGAACGGGAGGCGCAGAGGCGACGCAGACAGGGUGCUGCGCCGUUGUCUGAUUCGCCCGCGACACCGAAGGUCCCUUCCAAUGACCUGGAGCUUCGUCCAGAUACUUCACCCACGACGCCAUCGGCUGGUGGGGGAGCUUCUACGGCAGCGGCGGGCGGCAUGCGGCGGUCCCACGGCCCCACGCUGGACCUGCUCGAGGAGGCGCGCAGGGCAGAGGCGCUGCGAAGAGGCGACCUGCUCGAAGUGUUUGGCGAGGACAAGGAGAGCGCACAGGAGGUUUGGACGCAGGAGAUUCCGGAGAGCAUCAUCAGCGCGCAGGCGCGCGAAGAAGCCAUCCGCAUCGAGCAAGAAGGCGGUGCGUCGGAGUCUCCGUCGAGACGGAGACGCUCGCGCUCGCAUGACGGGGCGGAGCCGGACGACGACGACGGCGACCGGCACCGGGGAGGCGAGGCUGAUCUGCCGGCUCCCCCUGCUCUGCCGAGGCAGCUCGAGAAGGUCAUUCUCAACAGCGGGCCAGCGGCUGUCUCGAAUGCGCAGAGCUCCGUCGAUGACAACUCCGUCCUGCCGGCGCCCAACCAUGCGGUCCUGCACCAUCUCACGGCCUCGGCGAUCAAGAGCGGCGUCAUCGCGACCGGUUGCACGACGAGGUAUCGCAAGAAGUACAUCACGACCAUUUAUUAUCGCGCAGCUACCUGAUCACCACUCUGUCAACGUCUUAUCUGCUUGUUGUUUACGCUCAGCAAUAUCCCCUUUUGAAAUGUUGUAUUGUAUUGUACACGGCAAGCAAGCAAGCAAGCAAGCAAGCCCUAGUUCAGUGUUGCUACUUCGACGUCGUCGACGUCGACGCCGCUGCAGCGGACGUGGGCCUCUUUGCCCAGAUCUGGACGUACGUCUCGCCGAGGAAGAGCAGCUGCCGAUCAAUCUUUUCCACGAGCAGGUCCUGGAUGCUGAACCAUUCUUCGUCCCUCGUCGACUGCAA